AUUUGGGGCUGGGUGGGGGUGGAAAGGACACGAGGAGCCGCAGCGGCUCAGGAGCCGGUGGUGGGCAGCUGAGAAGUCGCCACCAUGAGGAAGCUCUUCAGCUUUGGGAGACGCCUGGGCCAGGCGGUCCUGCGCUCCAUCAAUCACGAUGAGUACUCGGGUCCCGGGUACCACAUCCAGGACUGGGAACUGCGGAAAAUCCACAGGGCGGCCAUCAAGGGUGACACCGCGGAGGUGGAGCGCUGCCUGAUGCGCAGGAGCCGAGACGUCGACGCCCGCGACAGGAAGGGCAGGACUCCUCUGCAUUUGGCCUGUGCACAUGGCCGUGUGGAAGUGGUCACUCUGUUGGUGAGCAGAAACUGCCGGAUUGACAUCGAUGACAGACUAAACAGGACCCCUUUAAUGAAGGCUGUGCAUGGUCAGGAGGAGGCUUGUUCCAUUAUUCUGCUGGAACAUGGUGCCAAUCCAAACAUUCAAGAUGUCUUCGGCAACACUGCUCUUCAUUAUGCUGUAUAUAAUAGCGUGACUUCACUGGCAGAAAAACUGCUCUCCUACCACGCAAAUACUGAAGCAAUAAACAAGGAGGGAAACACACCACUUUUACUUGCUGUAAUUUGCAAGAGACAGAAAAUGGUGAAGUUUUUAGUUAAGAACCAGGCAAAUGUACACGCCGUUGACAAUUUCAAUAGAACAGCCCUCAUGCUUGCUUCAUAUCAUGACUUUCCAAGUAUAGUCAGCCUUCUCCUUAAAGAAAAUGUUAGUAUCUUUUCUCAAGAUAUGUUUGGACAAACAGCAGAAGAUUAUGCUGUUUAUUGUGGUUUGUUAAGGAUUCAACAACAAAUUUUGGAACAUAAGAAUAAGAUAUUUAAACAUCAUCUUCAUAAUGACAAUCAAGUAGAAUAUGACUUAAAAGUUGCUUCAGAGGAAACGCCAGAAAGGCUUGAGAGAAGUGAAAAUAUACAGCCACAGGAUUUUCAAAGCUAUGGAAAAAAGAAGGCUGUCAUGGCUGAAAACUGCAUGUUGAAGAGAGAUGCUGCUGUACUCAGACGGAAAUUACACACAAUAAAAAAUGCCAGCCUCAGAAAGGAAAAGGAACAUAUUCAGAAAAUGAAAAGUAUUCGAGAAAUAAAUGCUAACUUUCAAAAGAGUGUAAGACUCAAUGAGGAAAUUAUAAUAAAAACAAUAUCACAGUAUUGUCAACAGCUUAAUGAACUCAAAGCUAAGAAUACAAGGCUGAAUUCAGAAUUGAAGAAGGAAAAACACAACAAGGACAGAGUGGAAGCUGAAAUUGAAUCCCUCCGUUCUAUCCUGGCUGCUACUAUAAAUGAGCACAAUGAAAGGGUGGAAACAAAAUACGUACAAGUUGCUUUACAGAGAGCACAAGAUGUUUCUGUACAAGAAGUAAUGACUUCUAAUAUUUCUCAACUAAAAGAUAAGAAUGAGUUGCUUAUGGAACAACUUUCUAAAGCUCAGAUGAAGCUCAGUACCUUAAAAGAGAAGCUCCAUGAGACAAGAGAUGCCCUCAGGGAAAAGACAUUGGCUUUAGAAAGUGCACAGAGGGACCUAAGGCAAAAGCUGGAUCGAAUAAAGGACAUGGAGCAGAUGCAUCUAAAUGAGGAAGCUAAAGAGAGUCAGUUCAUUGGAAAGCAGAACUGUAUAGAGGAGAGAAUACAUCAAGUAGAAUGUGAAAAUCUCUUGCUUGAACAACUACUAGAGGCUAAUUGUGAGGAAGGCAAUAAUGAAAAGAUAGUACUUAAUACCCAAGGAGGCUCUCUUGAGAGUGGAAAGGAAGGUCUUCUCCUAGAAGAGAAAAAUAAAGAAUCAAUGAAUGAAUAUAAUUAUUUAAAAGAAAAAGUGUUUCAGUAUGAAAAAGAAGAAGCAGAAAUAAAAGUGAUUGUGAGAAAACUUCAAGAAGAACUGGCUGGUAGCCUUAAAAAAAUAUCUAUGCCGGAGUCUCCACUGGAGGGUACAUCACGUUGUCACAUUAAUUUGGAGGAGACAGAGGCUUCAAAGAAAAAAUUAUUUCAAGUAGGAAAUCAGCCUGAAGAACAAAAGGAAGAAUUAAGAAAACUUUUAGAGUUAAUACCAUCACUGGAGUACAACGUGGAUCGAAUAAGAAAGAAAAAUAAUGCAUUAGAAGAAGAAAGAACUGGAUAUAAGAAACUUCUAGAAAUGACAAUAAAUAUGCUAAAUAUACUUGGAAAUGAAGACUUCAGUUCCUAUGGAGACUUAACAGAUCAACUGAAAAUGCAUAUUCUGAUUAAGAAGAUAAAACAUAAGCUUGAUGAUCUUACAGCAGAGGAGGAAGCUCUGUUCAAAUGUAUCAAUUUGGCUAAAGACAAUCAAGUUAUUCAACAGGAGUUAUUAUCUAUGAAAAAAGUACAACAGAAACGUGAAAAACUUCAAGAGGAUAAAAAGAAGUUGGAAGAAGAAAUAUUAAAUCUUAAGACACAUAUGGAAAAUAUGAUAGAAGUUGGUAAAGUACAAGAAUAAUCGGAGCUGGAAGGAAGGGUAAUGCAAGCAAAAAAAUUAGAGGAAAUUCAUUUACAGAAACAAGCAGACUAUGAAAAACAAUUAGAGCAGUUAAACAAGGAGGAUGAUAUGGAGAUCAUGAUUAAAGAUGCGGAAUUUAAACUCUCUGAAAUAAAAACUGCUUAUGAAGAGGCUGCAACCGAAUUAGAAAAAUAUAAGGAAGCCUUUGCAGCAGCAUUAAAAGCUAACAAUUCCAUGUCAAAAUUCAUGAAAUCGAAGAAGAAAAUAGCAGUGAUCAGCAACAAGUUUCUUAUGGAGAAAGAGGGGAUGAAAUCUUGUCUCAGCACUCUUCCGAGGAGGCCAGACCCAGAGUCACCUUGUGUUGAAAAUCUUAAUAGUAUGCGGUGCAACAGAAAUAUAUUCCCGAAUAUAUUUCUACUUCAAACCCACAGACUUCAAAUAACUGGAAGUAUUUGUAAGAAUUUCUACUUCAAACCCACAGACUUAAAAUAACUGGAAGAACUACUUG